UUUAUGCAGGUUGGUACAGACAUCAGAUACCCAGUGAGUCUCUUACCAUCAACACCUCCACCAUCAUCACCUGCACCAUGAAGGCUGUCAUCUUCGCCGCCGUUGUCGCCUUGGCCGCCGCCGCCAAGCUGCCUGGAGCGCCAGCACCUACCCCCGUCCCCAUCAUCCACCAGGCCCAGGUGAAUCCCGAGCUCGGUACUCACAACUUUGAGUUCGAAUCUGGCAACGGCAUCGUGAUACAGGAGUCAGGAUCUGAAGGCACCCUGGGGGGAGCCAACCGCAUCGGCCAGUUCAGCUACCCCCAAGAGGACGGCACACUGGCUGUGGUCCAGUUCGUGGCUGACGAGAACGGUUUCCAGCCCCAGUCCAGCCUGCUGCCCGUGGCCCCCGCCUUCCCCCACCCCAUCCCCCAGUUCGUCCUCGACCAGAUCGCCUUCGCUGAGGCCGAGAAGGAACGCAAGGCUCGUGAGGGCAAGCCCCAGUGAGCCUUCAUCUUUUCUCCCUUUCUCCAGAAUCGACCCGGUCAGACGGUGACUGUCUCUGUCUAACAGCCGGUGACCUAAUAUGACUUAUUGUGUAUUUAUUCUCACGAAUGUGUAAAUAAAUUAUUUACAACAUA